CUACAGACUUCUGUAUUUAAUUUGAUUUUUUUAAUUUUUAUAAAAAAUAGAUUCCUGUCUAUAGAGGAGCUACUAAAGCGAUUCUUGGAGAUAGCAUUCAUGCAUCAUACUUUCAUGGUGUGGAUGGUUUGGGGGAUGUUCCAGAUCCAAAUUCCCCAGGACUUGAAGGUAUACAAAAAGAGCAUGCUGUAGAUGCCAUGAGACGGCUGAUAUCAAAGCAUCCUGGAGAGGUAAGAACAUGCUAAUAAUAUAAGAAAGUAUGGUAUAGAAGUUAUUCUAUGAUAACUUUGUGUAUAAGUGUCUGUAUGAGCCAGGUCUGAGUAUUUAUGAUCCCCAGAAUAUCAAAGCAUAAUUUAGAUGUUAUUAUUUUUUAUUACUAACGAAACUUAACUAACCUUAAAGAACACUAUAGGGUCAGGAAAGCAAACAUAUAUAUAUGAUUAUUCAUGUUAAGAGCUUGGUGUGUUAGUGCUAGCAUCUUAAAUUGGGUGUCCUAUUACAAUAUUAAAAGUGCUUUGAUUCACAUUAAAAAGUAGAACACAUAAUGUCGCCUUUAUAAAUCUUGAACAUAUCAAUUGUUGCUUGCGUCAGAAAUUUGCAUUGCUCAAUUUAUUUAGAAUGUUACGUAUUGUUGACAUUAAAAUUUUUCCAUAAACCUAUUCUUUAGUUUUGUAACACACUGCCACUUGCUUUUUACUACAAAAACCUCUGCAUCACAGAAACUCUAUAUGUGUCUCUUUUUUUGAGUCAUUCUCACGUCCCAGUGCUUUAAUAUUUUCUAACUUCUCAUCUGUCUGUCUGUCUGUCUAUCUAUCUAUCUAUCUAUCUAUCUGUCUGUCUGUCUAUCUAUCAUUAUUGGCAUUUAUAUAGUGCCAACAUAUUCCAUAGCGCUUUACAAUAUUAUAAGAGGGGGAGAUUUAACAAUCUAGAGGAGGAGGGGUAUAAAACACUGGAAGGAGAUCUCAAUCAAACAAAGUGCGAGUGAAGCAGAGCUGGAGGAGAGAGUAGAAUUCUGCCCUUUAGGAAAGCGCAAAGGACAGGUAUUUGAGGUAGAAGUUACUCUAGGAGGCCAUAAGCUUUCCCAAAGAGAAGGGUUUUAAGGCACUUCUUAAAUGAUUGAAGACUAGAGGAGAGUCUGAUGGUGGUAGGCAGGCUAAGAAGUUGACUAUGAGAAGUCAGCUGCCAGGAGAAAGUCAUUGGCAGAGCUGAGAGACAGAGAAUGGGCAUACCUAAGGAUCUUUGAGGAGAUAUAAGGGGCUAGAAGUGUUCAGUGCUUUAUAGGUAUGGAUUAGUACUGACUUCUUGAAUUGACUCAUAUAGGAUACAGGAAGCCAAUGUAAUGACUGACAGAGGGGUGAGGUGUGAGACGAGCGACUGGAAAUGAAAAUCAGUCUAAUGGCAGCAUUCAUUAGAGACUGUAGCCGGGCAGUAUGGCUUCUCGGAAGACCAAUUAGGAGAGAGUUACAAUGAUCAAGGCGAGAGAUUACUAGAGCAUGAACAAGCUUCUUAGUAGUGCCUUGUGUAAGAGAGGGGCGGAUGCGGGCAGUGCUUUUUAAGGUGGAAUCAACAGGAUUUGGUAACAGACUGGACGUGAGGCUCAAAGGUGAGGGCAGAAUCAAAUAUAACUCCAAGACAGUGUGCUUGCAAGGAUGGGCUGAUAUGAGUACCACCAACUUGAAAGGGAGAGAUUGAAUUUCAGGCGGGAGGACAUCCAAUCACAAAUCACAAACCGUGACACGUUGCAGGAUGGGGAGGAGAGGAGAGAAAUAUCUGGAUGUCACCGGCGUACAGGAGGUAGUGGAACAAAAUUAGGAAAUAAGUUUGCCAAGACAGGGAAAAAAAACAGAGCCUUUGAGGACUCCAACCGAGACAAGAUGAAGGGAGGAGGUAUUCGAAAAGGAGACACUGAAUGAGCAUUUGUCGAGAUAGGAAUUAAACCAUGAGAGGACAGUGUCACAAAGACCGAGUGAUUGAAGAGUUUUGAGAAGGAGAAUAUGAUCAACCAUGUCAAAGGAAGCAAAGAGGUCCAAAAUAAUUAGUUUGGAGUAGUGGCCUUUUGGAUUUAGCUGUGAUUAGGUCAUUGGUAACUUUAAUAAGCACAAUGUCAGUAUAGUGGAGGGGGCGGAAGCCAGACAGAGGCGGGUCAUGGAGAGUGAUGGAAUUGAGGAAGCAAGCCAGUCGGGUAAAGACCAGACUUUCCAGAAGCUUUGAGCAAAAAGGGAGCAGGGAUAUGGGACAAUAGUUAGAAGGGGAGGACGGGUUGAGAGAUGGUUUAUUUAUUUAUUUAUUUAUUUAUUUUUAUUAAGAUAGGUACUACAGUAGCAUGUUUAAGGGCAGCAGGGACAAUGUCAGAAGAGAGAGCAUUUGAAGAUGUGUUUAACACAAGACAAGGGAAGGCACAAGACAAGGGGAGAGAUAUCUGAUAAGGUGAGAGGAGACAGGAUCAAGCGGGCAAGUGGUGGGGCGAGAGGAAAGGAGAACUCUAAAUCCCAUUAUGGACUUACAUAGAAACAUAGAAUGUGACCGCAGAUAAGAACCAUUCGCCAAGUAGCCUGGGAGAAAGAGUAGGAAAGCCAUGAUCUAGGUGUGGUUGAGAAAGAGAGAGGCAAGGUGGGAAGAAUUCUUUCUUUAGCUGUUUAAUCUUGUUGGUAAAGUAGCUUGCAAAACUAGCGAUUAUAAGGUUAGUUUGGGCAAAGAAGAGCGUUAAAGGUAUCAAAGAGACGUUUGGGAUUGCAGGAGCAUGAACUAAUGAGAGAGGGAAAGUAUGACUGUUUGGCAAGGGCAAGGGCUACACUGUAUGAACGCAAAUUGAAUUUAUAAUGGAGAAUGGAUGACCCAAGCUCCCUUGCUUCUCCUCUCCCCCCAAGGCCCUUGCUAUUCUUCUCCCCCCAAGCUCCUUUGCUUUUCCACUGCCUCAGGCUCCAUUGCUUUUAAUCCUCAGGCUCCCCCCCUUCUGCCUCAGGCUCCCUUGCUUCUCCUCUCCCUUCCCAGGCUCUUUUGUGUCUCCUCUGCCCCAGGUCCCCCCCCCCCGCUUUUGUUCUGCCCCAGGCUCCCCCCAGCUUCCCCUCUGCCACAGGCUCCCCCUGCUAUUCCUCUCCAAAAAGGCUCCCUAAGAUCCUCCUCUGCACCAGGCUCUCCCUGAUGAUUCACCUCUCCUAUUCCUUUGCCAUAGGCUCUCCCUGCCCCAGGGGAGGUGGACUGUGUGUGUGUGUGUGGGGGGGGGGGGGUGACAGGGAGGAUGGCAGUGUGUGGGAAGUUGACAGUGUGGGGGAGGGUGAUUGUAUGGUGGAAAGGUGACAGUGUGUGGUGGCAAUGCGGAAGAGGGUGAUAGGGUGGGGAGAGCAGUGUUUGGGAUGUUGACAGUGUGGAUGGAAGUGAGAGGGAUGGGGCAGCAUGAGAGGACAGUGAGUGGGAUGAUGACAGUGUGGUGUGACAGUGUGUGGGGAGGGAGGCAGAGUGACACAGUGGGGGGGCAGUGUGGAAGAGCUUUGUGACAAUGUGGAGUGGCAAUCUUUGAGGAUGGUAACAGUGUGGGGGGCAAUGUGUGUGGGGGGGCAGUGUGACUGUGUGGGGAGGGGGUAGUGUGACAGUGGGGGAGCAGUGUGACUGCAUGGGGCAUUGUGACAGGAGAGUGACAGUGUGGAGGGGCAGUAUAACACUCACAUUCACUGACACACGCUCAGGGAUGUGUCUACUGCGAGCAAACAAGGCGUUUGCCUUGGGUGGCAAUUUCCAGGGGGUUGCAAAAAACGUCACCCCCAAUUGCCCAGGCAAAUACCUUGUUUGCCUCGUUUUAAGGGAGCCCAAGAAAUGGCUGGCUGGCCACCUUUGGGCUCCCCCGGGGCAGGCGGCAGGAAGUGCAGGCGGGCAGCAAGGGAGCACUUUUCCCUGAGCUCUCUGCUCAGCUCCCUCGCGUGCCGCAGAGUAAUUCCGGGAGAUGGAAUAUGACGUCAAAUUCCGGCUCCCGGUGUAACGGACCGUUUCGCUCACAAGGGGAUAAAAACCGUUUAGGCGAUAAUCCCCUUCCAGAUAGACCAGCAGCUACUGCAAUCACCAACCUCCCGAACUCCAAACUGCACGUAUUCACCAACUCUCGAACAGCAGACACACGAACCCUGGAAGCAGCCGAACAGGAAAAGCCCUACGAACAGCUUACACUCCUGGCAAUCGGCAUACAGUCAAAUAAAGGAUUCUCUCAUGCAAGGGAGGGAUUUACAACAAUUACCCAAUACACCAAUCACACAAGAGUUACCUCCCACAAUGCCUCACAAUCCCUCCUCUCUGCCCUGGAGAUAAUUGAGGAAGGAAUCUAAUUAUCUCCAAGGACAGAGGUAAAACUCCAUUACCCACAUGGCAGACAAAAAGACAGUAAAAGACAUAAAAUUGCAUACUGAUACAUUUAGUACAUAAGACACACAUUUCUACAUAUCCCCAGAUAGCUUAUAUCUGAGCGCACAUUAUUAGAUGAAUGGCACUCAGAUCACAUACAUACAGUUUAAAUGCCAUGGAGCCAAAGUCUUUCACAUAGUCCUUCGUUACACGAAUGGGCUCCAUGGCUUAGCUAUCUGGGUUAACAUAUUCACAUAUCCCAAAGUACCGACUGAACCGGUGUUUCACACUAAGGGCACGAAUAGGAACCAGGGGGCGGACGGCUCAGCUGUGUUGGCGCAAGGAAGUGUCCGUUUUCCGUUCCACAGUGUUAGUGCUGAGCACCGCUGGCCUUUCGGGACUUAAAAUGGCCCUGCCACCCAGCGUUCAUCAAUUAAGCUGCGGUUAACCGCAGCUUCUGGGCGGUCAAUUGGCGGCACACUCCAGCUCCCCGGUGGUUCACCGUUCGGUAGUUGGAAUCUACCGAACACCCCGGCAGAAAGGCAUGAAUAAGCCUUUCUGCAGGGAAAAUAAAUGGUUUAACCUGCAGGGCCAUAGUCCAAAGGGAGCAGGCGAGCAACCAGGCUUCUCCAGUUCACAGUGGCGACGUUGGUUUUGCCACACUUCUCCCCUUUACCAACUAGACUAACAGGGUAUCUGACCUCCUGCCGGUCAGUGCCCUGGUUAGUCCAGCAACCCACCCACAAAACAGAAACAGCAGUACAGCCCAACCACAAUAACUGGUUACUACACCUGGGUAGAGGAGAACUUUGUCCAUGUCCAGGUGCCUCACCACGGCUGUGGGGGGGGCUGGUAGACUGCCUUGGUGGGUUGCUGAGUGGGCAGAGACCAGCGGUACUCUGCCCUGGUGCCAGCGCUACCACUGAAGUAGCCUGGUUGUGGGAGGGGGAGACCGACCAACUCCCCUCUGGGUACACAGCACUGGGGCUGGGGGACAGGACCGACUGUCCCUACCCCUUGUGCUGCAAGUGCAGAGACUACGGUCCCAUCUGCACUGUUGGGGGUUGUAACAUCUCCCCUUGCUGGGUUAGGCUGCCGCUGGAGAGAGGGUGCAACAAGCUCCUCUCUCUGAACUGUAAACUGCCGCUGGGGAGAGGGGAUAUCAGGCUCCUCUCCCUGACACUCUCUCUGCUGGUGGAGAGGAGGACCAGCUGUCUCCCCUUUCAUUAUUUUGUCCUGCUGCUGGGGUGCGAGACUGCCGGCCUCUGCUCCCUGCAGGACACUCUGCCGCUGGGGAGGAAGGACGACACCUUCAGCUCCCUGGGACACACACUGCCGCUGGGGAGGAAGGACGGCACCUUCAGCUCCCUGGGGUACACACUGCCGCUGGGGAGGAAGGACAGCACCUUCAGCUCCCUGGGUUACACACGGCCGCUGGGGAGGAAGGACGGCACCUUCAGCUCCCAUGGAUACACACUGCCGCUGGGGAGGAAGGACGGCACCUUCAGCUCCCUGGGGUACACACUGCCUCUGUGGAGGAAGGACUGCACCAUCAGCUCCCUGGGGUACACACUGCCGCUGGGGAGGAAGGACUGCACCUUCAGCUCCCUGGGAUACACACUGCCGCUGGGUAGGAAGGACUGCACCUUCAGCUCCCUGGGAUACACACUGCCGCUGGGGAGGAAGGACUGCACCUUCAGCUCCCUGGGAUACACACUGCCGCUGGGGAGGAAGGAUCUGGCCGCCUCCCUGCCCAGCAGCCCCACUGGACCCCAGGUGAAAUAUCCACCCAGCUAUCACAAAAUAAAUACAUACGUAAAGUGGAGCUUCUAAAUAACUGUAAAUAACCUUCAGCUCCCUGGGGUACACACGGCCGCUGGGGAGGAAGGACGGCACCUUCAGCUCCCUGGGAUACACACUGCUGCUGGGGAGGAAGGACUGCACCUUCAGCUCCCUGGGAUACACACUGCCGCUGGGGAGGAAGGACGACACCUUCAGCUCCCUGGGGUACACCUUUGAGUCCCCGUAACGCACUCUGCCACCGGAUAGGGCGGCCGAUACCUUUGGCUGGAUCUGCCAUGAACUGCAGGUACUCAUCUACUUGGCUCCUUACGAACUGCACGAAUUCCUCAGAGGGGACAAAUGUAACGAGAGCCAGCCGCGAGGCGCACUCUUUGUCAAAUGCCUCCUGCAUGUAGCGGGGUGCCAUGCUUGCGCUGUCAAAGUUGGUUCCUUUGUACAUAGGGUCGCUGUACGUGUACUAGCAUUGCUCUCAAUUGUAACCCAGGCACUGGUGUUGUCUUGUAGCUGUCCUUCUGGUUGUAGGAACGAUCCCUCCGCUUGCCACCGUUUUGCUCACAAGGGGAUAAAAACUGUUUAGGCGAUAAUCCCCUUCCAGAUAGACCAGCAGCUACUGCAAUCACCAACCUCCCGAACUCCAAACUGCACGUAUUCACCAACUCUCGAACAGCAGACACACGAACCAUGGAAGCAGCCGAACAGGAAAAGCCCUACGAACAGCUUACACUCCUGACAAUCGGCAUACAGUCAAAUUCCCCCCAAGAAUGAGACGACACUUCACUUUGAGGGUUAAACUGGAACAACACUGAUUUAUUCACACAACAGGCUUAUAAAGGAUUCUCCCAUGCAAGGGAGGGAUUUACAACAAUUACCCAAUACACCAAUCACACAAGAGUUACCUCCCACAAUGCCUCACAAUCCCUCCUCUCUGCCCUGGAGAUAAUUGGGGAAGGAAUCUAAUUAUCUCCAAGGACAGAGGUAAAACUCCAUUACCCACAUGGCAGACAAAAAGACAGUAAAAGACAUAAAAUUGCAUACUGAUACAUUUAGUACAUAAGACACACAUUUCUACAUAUCCCCAGAUAGCUUAGAUCUGAGCGCAUAUUAUUAGAUGAAUGGCACUCAGAUCACAUACAUACAGUUUAAAUGCCAUGGAGCCAAAGUCUUUCACAUAGUCCUUCGUUACACGAAUGGGCUCCAUGGCUUAGCUAUCUGGGUUAACAUAUUCACAUAUCCCAAAGUACCGACUGAACCGGUGUUUGACACCAAGGGCACGAAUAGGAACCAGGGGGCGGACGGCUCAGCUGUGUUGGCGCAAGGAAGUGUCCGUUUUCCGUUCCACAGUGUUAGUGCUGAGCACCGCUGGCCUUUCGGGACUUAAAACGGCCGCUGACACGUGUUCGGCUAAUGAACAAAGGCCACCCAGUGUUCAUCAAUUAUGCUGCGGUUAACCGCAGCUUCUGGGUGGUCAAUUGGCGGCACACUCCAGCUCCCCGGUGGUCCCCUGCUCCCUCGCUGCCCACCUGCCUGCCUGCACAUCUGGCUGCCUCCCUGCCCAGCAGCCCCACUGGACCCCAGGUGAAAUAUCCACCCAGCUAUCACAAAAUAAAUACAUACGUAAAGUGGAGCUUCUAAAUAACUGUUUAGUGGAUAUCCUGAAAAAUAAAAUUACAAAACACUAGUGCAAUACAGUAUUGUCAAGUAUAACGUAUAUUAAAAUGCCAUUGUGGUGUCACUCACAAAUCUGGAGUCAUACCCUCAUAUGACUCAAUAAUGUGCGCUUGUGGACCAUUAAAAGGAUGUCCAGAUCCCUCUUCUGUGCAAUGCUCUGUCUUGUCCCACCUUUGACCAGUUAAGGAUAGUGCAGAUGCCAAGUCAGAGAAGUUUCUUCCAAAGAAAAGGUGCUCUAUUGGUUUAAAAAACACUCAAAUAUAAAAUAAAUAAAAUAUAGUAUACCAGAUAAAGUUCUGGAUCAGCUGUAUAGUCCAAACAAAUGUCCAAAGUGUCCAAAACGCGUUUCACCCGAUAAAACUGGCUUCCUCAGUUGGCUUUGAUGUAUCUCACUGCUUCUCUCCUCUCUUAAAUCGCCCGCUUAAUCUCUACUUCUGGAUACCCCCUCUACUCUCCUUUCACUUCCGGUUCUGUUUUCGGGCAAUUAGUUACAUAGUUACAUAGUUACAUAGCUGAAAAGAGACUUGCGUCCAUCAAGUUCAGCCUACCUCACAUUUGUUUUUUGCUGUUGAUCCAAAAAAAGGCAAAAAAAACAAACAGUUUGAAGCACAAUUUUGCAACAAGCUAGGAAAAAAAUUCCUUCUUGACCCCAGAAUGGCAGUCAGAUUUAUCCUUAGAUCAAGCAGUUAUUACCCUACAUUGAAAGAUUAUAUCCUUGAAUAUUCUGUUCUUGCAAGUAUGCAUCUAGUAGCCGUUUGAACAUCUGUAUGGACUCUGAUAAAACCACUUCCUCAGGCAGAGAAUUCCACAUCCUGAUUGUUCUUACAGUAAAAAAACCUUUCCUUUGCCUUAGACGAAAUCUUCUUUCUUCCAGUCUAAACUCAUGGCCUCGUGUCCUAUGUAAAGUCCGGUUUGUGAAUAGAUUUCCACACAAUGGUUUGUAUUGGCCCCGAAUAUAUUUGUAUAAUGUUAUCAUAUCCCCUCUCAGGCGACGUUUUUCUAAACUAAAUAGGUUUAAAUUUGUUAACCUUUCUUCAUAGCUGAUAUGUUCCAUUCCUUUUAUUAAUUUUGUAGCCCGCCUCUGCACUUUUUCUAAUGCCAUAAUAUCCUUCUUUAGAACAGGUGCCCAAAAUUGCACAGCAUAUUCAAUAUGGGGUCUUACCAGUGAUUUAUAAAGAGGCAAAAUUAUAUUCUUGUCCCGAGAAUGAAUGCCCUUUUUCAUGCAUGACAAUACCUUACUGGCCUUGGCCACUGCUGAUUGACAUUGCACAUUGUUGCAUAGUUUGUUGUCUAUAACAAUUCCCAAGUCCUUUUAAUGUGUUGUUAUCCCUAAUUCGCUUCCAUUAAGGGUAUACAUUGCUUGUGUAUUCUUUACGCCGAAGUGCAUAACUUUGCAUUUUUCAACAUUAAAUUUAAUCUGCCAUUUGAGUGCCCAGUCCCCCAGUCUAUCUAAAUCCCUCUGCAGCAAAGUAAUAUCUUGCUCACAUUGUAUUAUUUUACAAAGUUUUGUGUCAUCUGCAAACACUGAAACAUGACUUUCAAUGCUGGUCUUCAAGAUCAUUUAUAAACAUGUUAAAUAGAAGGGGUCCCAGAACAGACCCCUGAGGGACACCACUUGCCACCUCUGUCCAGCUUGAAAAUUUACCAUUAAUGACAACUCUUUGUACUCUGUUUUUAAGCCAAUGUUCUACCCAAGAACAAGCAUUUUCAUCUAGACCGAUUUCCUUGAGUUUGAACACUAAUCUAUUGUGUGGAACUGUAUCAAAUGCCUUGGCAAAAUCCAAAUAGAUCACAUCCACGGCAACACCCUGAUCUAUACUUCUACUUACUUCUUCGUAGAACGCAAUCAAGUUAGUUUGACAUGACCUGUGCUUCAUAAAACCAUGCUGAUUUUUGCUGAUAACCAUGUUCUUCUCAAGGAAUUCUUGAAUAUUAUCUCUUAAUAACCUUUCAAAUAUUUUACCAGCCACAGAAGUUAAGCUCACAGGUCUAUAAUUUCCAGGCAAGGAUUUUGAACCCUUUUUGAAUAUAGGAACCACAUCUGCCUUCCUCCAAUCCUCCGGAACACUUCCUGAAAGAAAAGAAUCUUGAAAGAUUAAAAACAGAGGUUCACUUAUUUCUGCACUUAGUUCCUUAAGUACACGUGGAUGGAUACCGUCAGGCCCUGGAGCUUUGUUUAUAUUAACUUUCUUUAGUUGCUGCAGCACCUUGUCUUGAGUUAACCAAUUACAAUUAUUCUGCAAGUUUUUAGUAGCAAUCAUUUGCACAUCUAUUGCCAUGGGUUCUUCCUUAAUAUAUACGGAGGAGAAAUAGUUAUUUAAAAUUCCUGCCUUUUCCUGGUCUUCAUUAAUUAACACCCCCGUUUCAGUUUUUAGUGUACCUACACUUUCAUUUUGUUUUUUUUUAGAAUUUAUGUACUUAAAAAAUGCUUUGGGGUUGGUUUUGCUCUCUUCAGCUAUCAUUAUUUCAUUUUGAAGUUUAGCAAGUCUAAUUGCCUUUUUGCACGCAUUAUUUGCAUCCUUAUAUCUUUUAUAAGAUGCAUCUGAUUUGUCCGAUUUAAAUGCUUUAAAUGCCCUUCUCUUAGUUGUAAUCUCUUGUUUUACUUCUCUACUAAGCCACAUUGGUUUUAAUUUGUUUCUUUUAUAUUUAUUUCCCAAUGGUACAUACUGAGAAAUGUACCUUUGUAAUAUUUGUUGGAAGAUGAUCCAUUUAUCCUCAGUGUUCUUUUCACUAAAGAGUUUAUGCCAGUCAAUAUAUUGUAAAGCUUCCCUUAACUUAUUGAAAUUGGCCUUUUUAAAAUUAUAUGUUUUAGUAUUCCCCAUGUGCUUUUGUUUUUUUGAGUUUAUUUCAAAGGACACUAUAUUGUGAUCACUAUUUCCCAAGUGCUCACCUACUUGAAUGUUGGUCAAAAGAUCAACGUUGUUUGUUAAAACCAGGUCCAGACAAGCAUCCAUUCUAGUUGCUGCUUGCACAAGUUGUGACAUGAAGGUGUCAUUUAACAAGUUUAAAAACCUAAUUCCCUUUGCUGAGGCACUAGUCCCUCUGUCCCAAUUUAUAUCCGGGUAAUUAAAAUCUCCAAUAAUUAAAGUGUUACCCAGAUUUGCAGCUUUCUCAAUUUGCUCAAACAGCUGUUGUUCCUCGUCAAUAUUAACAUUAGGUGGUUUAUAACAUAUCCCAACCAAUAGUUGGUUUCCCUUCUUUUCCCCCAAGCAGAUAUUUACCCAUAAAGCUUCCACAUUAUCCUCCUCGCAUUCCAUUUGCUUAACAUUUGGCUUUAAAUCAUGUUUGACAUACAAACAUACCCCACCACCCUUCUUGUUUUUCCUAUCCUUCCUAAAUAACAUGUACCCAUUUAAGUUAGCUGCCCAGUCAUGUGUCUCAUCCCACCAUGUUUCAGUUAUGCCUAUUAUAUCAUAUUGUUUAGUGUAUGCUAAUGCCUCUAGUUCCCCCAUUUUGUUAUUUAGGCUCCUUGCAUUAGUAAGCAUACAUUUAAUAUUAUGUGUCACUUGUAUAUUUUGUGAAUUUUCAACAUUACACAGCUUCUCUGUUCUGAGCUUGCCCCUCCCCCCGUUUCCACCCCCCUUAUACUGUGCUAAAGCCCAUCUCCUUUCUGUCCUAUCUCCAUUUUGUAGAUUGCUAUGACCCUCCCCCCCACUACUAGUUUAAAAUCUCCUCCAACCUUCUAGCCAUCCUAUCCCCCAGCACUGCAGACCCUCUCCCGUUUAGGUGCAAUCCAUCACCACUAUAAAGGUUGUACCCAAUCACAAAGUCGGCCCAGUGCUCUAAAAACCCAAAACCCUCCUUCCUGCACCAAGGCUUAAGCCACGCAUUGGAACUCAACAUGUGUUCCAUCACUAUGGCGUCACUUCCUGGUGCUCCCUCCUGAUUCUGCUUACACUCUGGUGGAAAGCAUUGUGCGUUCCAACCUCUUGACGUCUCUUGAACCACCCCUAUAUGAGCCGUGUUUCUAUAUCGGCUCAUUUUAGCGAAAAAAUUAGCAGUUCUAUGACAUAUUAAAUAUGGUAGCAUGUACAAUAUAAAAUAUAAAUGCCUAUUGUGUGCAUCUUCACACUUAUUUGUUUAUCUGAGCAAGUUCCAAAAUUCUAAAAAGAGACAUACAUCAAUAUCAAUGCAUUAAUUGAUACUUUUUUUAGAGACAUACAUUAAUUUAUGGCACUCCAGUGCAAUCACAAAAAAUUCAAAAAAUGUUCAUUUCUUAAAACGUUGUAAUAAAAGAAUAUUACAUUGAGAGGCACACAUGUCCAUUCCCAAAACACAAAUGUAAUAAAACCAAUGUUUUAAAAUAUCCAACUACUAAAACUUAAAGCUAAAAGGAUCAACCUUAUAACUCCUAAAAUUCUAAAAAUAUUUUACCAUUGGAGUAUUUAGACAUCGAAAAAAGGUUCAGUUAUUUAUAAAACCUAAAGUGAUAAAAUGUCAUAUUGAAGAAAGAUAAUUCAUAAAAUGGCAUAACUCAAAAUCUUGGCCGAGCCCUUGGGGGGUCAUAGUAUUAAAAUUAAAAAUGAAUCUCAUUUCUUCCAUUCCUAUUUUUUUUGUGUAAUCACCUCCUCUCCAAUCUUUUUUAACUAGUAUGAUGGCGCUAAAAAACAUUCCUUCGUGGUUCUGGUUAUGAGCUAUUUUGAAAUGGUUCAAGACACUGUGUGACUCCAACCCAUUCUUUAUGAGUCUUGUAUGCUCCACUAUCCUUACAUAUAAGCAUCUGAUUGUUCUGCCUAUAUAGAGGAGGUUGCAUGGACAUUUUAACACAUAAAUCACUCCUUUUGAGUGACAUGUUAAGUGGUCUUUAAUUCAAUUUUUUUUAUUUAUCCAAGGUUCCAUAUCCAUUAUGUGCCGUUUUCUACUUUUUGUGUUCCUGCAUGCUAAGCACUGCCCGCAACCAUAGAAACCCUUACUUUGAUUUAAAAAAAUUAUUUAUGGGUGGUGGCAGCUCUCCUUCCUGAUGUACCCGUUUGCGUCAACUUCUUUAAAACAGUUCUUCGUCGUGAUGCAUGCAUCAACUAUAUUAAUAUCCAGAUCUAAAAAGUUGAUACCUUCUUCACUGAUUUGUGCUGAUAGAACAAUGUUCCAUUCAUUGCUAUUUAAAAAUGAAAAAAAAGUAUUCAGAUCUAUACUCGUGCCUGUCCAAAUAAAAAAUAUAUCAUCUGAAUCGGCGAUAGCACACCAAGUUCACCCCCCAGACAUGACCUUGUUAUACAAAUCGCUCCUCCCAAUACGCCAUAAACAAAUUAGUGUAGCUGGGGGCGAACUUGGUGCCCAUCGCCAUUCACCGAAUCUGAAGGUAAAAAGUGUUGUGGAACCAAAAAAAAUUAUUGGUUAAAAUUAAAUGAAUGCCCUCUAAAAUAUAAUCUAUUUGUACUUCUUUAAAAUUGUGUUUCUUUAAAAAAUAUUGCACAGCUUCUAAUCCUAUUUAAUGCGGUAUAAUGCUGUAGAGGGAAGUCACGUCACACGUGACUAAAAAAUUCCCCUCUUUCCCAGUGACUUCCUCUAUUAAUCUCAAGAUGUGUAUUGUGUCCUUCAAAUAGGCAGGAUUGCAAAUAACUACUGGUUGUAACAAAUCAUCUAAGUACUCUGAUACCUUUGCCGAAAUGGAGCCUAUUCCCGAUAUAAUGGGCCGGCCAGGCAGAUUAUUUUUAUUUUUGUGCACCUUGCGGAAAUGGUAAUACACUGGUGUCUUAGGGUAUGGAGUUGAUAGGUACUUUGCUUCAUCUAUUGUCAAGAUUCCUUUUUCUAAACCCUUCUCGAUAUAGUUGUCAAAUUUUUUCUUGAUAUCUUCAAUGGGAUUCUUAUCCAAUCUAUGGUACGUACACGGAUGUGAAAGAAUUUGUUCUGCCUCUUGUAAAUAACUAGACUGCGGGAUAACUACUACCCCUCCCCCUUUGUCUGCUAUCACAAAAGUAGAGAGGCUGGGUGGAUUUCAAUUAAAAAAUAAUAAUAAUUGUGAGUGGGGGAAAUGUGUGUGUGCGUCAGUGAAUGUGAGUGUGUGUCAGUAAAUGUGUGUGUCUGUCAGUGAGUGUGUGUGUCCGAGUAAGUGUAAGUCUGUCUAUCAGUGUGUCAAAUCAGUGAGUGUGUGUAUGUCAUUGUUUGUCAGUGUACAUGAGAGUGUGUGUCUGUUAAUGAGUGUAUGCAUCUAUCGGUGAGUGUGUGCAUCUGUCAGCGAGUGAGCGUCUGUCAGUCAAAGUGCGGCCUUGACAGGAAGGGAUGGGGAAAAUUUAAAUUGGGGGGGGGGUGCCCGAGCACCGUCAAAUCCUAAAUACACCAUUGCACACACUAACUCACAUUUACUGACACACACUCACAUUCACUGACACUCACUCACAUUCAAUGACGCACAAUUAUUAUUAUUAUUUUUUUUUUAUUAUUGAAAUCCACCCAGCCUCCCUACUUUUAGGAUAGCUGGGUGGAUAUUUCACCUGGGGUCCAGUUGGGCUGCUGCACAGGGAGGCGGCCGGACGUGCAGGCAGGCGGGUGGGCGGCAGGGGAGCACUUUCCCUUGGGAGCUGAGCAGAGAGCUCAGGGGAAAGUGCUCCCUUGCCACCCGCCUGCAUGUCAGGUUGCCUGCCCCGGGGGAGCCCAAAGGUGGCCAGCCGGCCAGCUCUUGGGCUCCCAUAAAACAAGGCAAACAAUGUAUUUGCCUGGGCAUUUGGGGGCAGCAUUUUAUGCCGCCCCCUGGAAAUUGCUGCCCACGGCAAACGCCUUGUUUUCCUCACGGUAGACACAUCCCUGGUUUUGAGCAAAAGCACAGGGAUCUGCUCUGACACUCUGUGAGGGCGGUGCUGUGGCGGGAGAGUCUGGAGUCUGUAUCAUCAGGGAGCAGUGAGCAGGGUGAGUGCUUGCUAAUAUUUAUAUAUAUAUAUAUAUAUAUCCCCAGCACUCACAUUUAAGGUAUACCACUGCCGGGCGCAAAACCAAAGCUCCAAUAGAUAAACAAUCCAAUGAGGGAGGCUGCUCUCCGGACUUAAAACUUCAAUUUAUUAUAAUGGAUUAAAAAUGACGACCCUCGUCAUUUUUAAUCUAUUAUAAUAAAUUGAAGUUUUAAGUCCGGAGAGCAGCAUCCCUCAUUGGAUUGUGUGUAUAUAUAUAUAUAUUUUAAAUUUAAAAAAGAUAAUAGAUGCUAAGUGUUUUUUCUGAAUUGGGGGCAGGGGUCUUGUAGAGUGAGCAGAGGUUUUUGUAGAGAGGAGGCAGGGGUUUUUGUUAAUUUGUAUUACAUUUUAAUCAGGGGGUGCCAAACACAGGAUCCACUCAGGGUGCCAAAUGCUCUAGGUACACCCUUGGUCUGACACAUUACUGAUCCUUAUGGAAUGCUUAUGAAAUAUGUUAAUGCUUCCAAUGCUAAAAUACGAAUUAUUCAAUUAUUUUAUAACCUCUUCAUUACAUUGGUUGAUAUUUAAAUCCCACUCUUUUUAGAUACGUCUUGUGGCUACUGGUCCACUAACCAACUUAGCUCUGGCUGUGAAGAUGGAUCCAACUCUCUCUGAAAAACUGAAAUGCUUGUACAUAAUGGGAGGAAACAUGGAAUGUAAGUUAUGUGUAUAUUGUAUUAUUAUCAAAUUAUUAAACAUCUGGAUCUACUUGUGCUUAAUUAUGUAGAUGUAGAUGUAUUUAAAUGUUUCUAUCAUAUCCCCCCUGUCUCGUCUUUCAUCUAAGCUAUACAUGUUGAGAUCCUUUAACCUUUCCUUGUACCUUUUUUCAUGGAUUACAAGAUAAAAUUUACAAGAAAGGGAUCUUAACAUGUAUAGCUUGGAGGAAAGACGAGGCAGGGGGAUAUGAUAGAAACAUUUUAAAUACAUAAAGGGAAUCAACACAGGAGGAGGAGACUAUAUUUAAAAGGAGAAAAACUACCACAAGAGGACAUAGUCUUAAAUUAGAGGGGCAAAGGUUUAAAAAUAUUUUCAGGAAGUAUUACUUUACAGAGAGAGUAGUGGACGCAUGAAAUAGCCUUCCAGCUGAAGUGGUAGAGGUUAACACCGUGAAGGAGUUUAAGCAUGCAUGGGAUAGGCAUAAGGCUAUCCUAACUAUAAGAUAAGGCUAGGGACUAAUGAAAGUAUUUAGAAAAUUGGGCAGACUAGAUGAACCGAAUGGUUCUUAUCUGCUGUCACAUUCUAUGUACCAACGUUUCUGUGGACGUGUCAUGCACCAUAGACACCUGUGCUCUUUGUUAUGCUAUGGGUGCAGAGUGUUAGUUGUGGGAUAGUGUUUAUUUACUCACUAAGCUUUUAACAGUUAGACUUGGAAUAAAGGUUUUACCAAUCACAUUGUCAUCAUUGUAAACCUUAACAAAAAAAGUCUCCAUUUGAAAACACAGAUCAGAUGCAAAUGUGAACCAUGCACAAGUGUUAUAGGAAUAUGUGAAUAAGUGCCCAGAGUUAUAGUUUCACAAGAAAGAAAAUGGUGAAUAGUAAGGCAUGUGGUAUACAAAUUAACUGUUACAUUUACACUUUGGGAAAUGUGAAAACCAAGUAUAAUCACUGUUGCUGUGUUAACUGAAUAUCAUACAGUCAGGGCCACAACCAGAAAUUUUGGGGCCCAUAACUCAGUUCAGCAUCUGGGCCCCCUGGGGCCCGCCUCCAAUCCCGCCCACAAGUUCCGCCUCCAAAUCCCACCCACAGGAAUACACACAGACAGACACAUACACACACACUGAUACAAAAGGACACAAAUACACACACACAGAUACAUACUGACACACACAUACUGAGACAUACACACAUAUACAGAUACAAAGGGCUACAUAGUGACAGACAGACACAUAUUAACAUACAUACAGACACACAUGCAUGAGGACAUACAGACACAUACAUACAUACAUACAUACAGACACCGACAUACACACAGACAUACAUUCAUAAUGCCAUACAGACAUACAUACAUUCAUACUGACAUAUAUACAUGCAUACAGACAUACAUACAUUCAUACAGACAGACAGACAGACAGACACUGACAUCCAUACAUACACAGACUUACAUUCAUAAUGGCAUACAUGCAUAUAUACAGACAUACAUACUGACAUACAUGCAUACUGACAUCCAUACACACAUACGUUCAUAAUGACAUACUGACAUACAUGCAUACAUAUAUACAUUCACACAGACAUACAUUGAUACUGGCAUACAUACAUAAUGACAUUCAUACAUUCAUACAUUCAUACAGACAUACAGACAUACAUACAGACAGACAGACACACACAGAGUUCAUUUCUCAGCCACCCUCCUGUCUCUUACCUUUUCUUUGCAGGAGGGUGGCUGGGGCUGAUAGGAUUCGGCACGGGUGUCCCUCUUCAAGGCCUGAAGCGAGAACACAUUUCCCAAAAUGACAAUCGUUAGCAGAAGACCAGUUCAGACCAAAUCCAGUUUGUAAUGAUCCACAAAUGUCAUAGCAGAGGACCAAGUAGCUGCCUUACAAAUAUACUCUACCGGCACCUCUGCCCUAGAAGCCAUGAAGUUGCUAAACUUCUGGUCGAAUACGGUUUGAUGAUGCUGGGAGCUUGUUGACCCUGAGAUGCCUAAACUUUCUUAAUUGUAAUGGAGAUCCAUUUCCUUAGCGUAGCUAUAGAGGCUGCUUCGCCUUUUCUAAUACCUAAUGGAAGAAUGAAAAGUUUUUCUGUUUUUCUGAAAUUCUUAGACUUUUGCAAAUAAAUCCUGAGGCACCUCAUCACAUCCAGUUUACUCCAGCCAAUUUCUUCCUGGUUAGAUGGAUUAGGGAAAAAUGAUGGAAGCACUAUUUCCUGUUGAAUGUGGAAACUUAAACCACUUUAGGAAGAAAAUCGUGCUAGUUAUAAGAACCACCUUAUCUUGGUGAAAAAACGUAUAUGGUUGUGCUGAACUUAAUGAAUAAAGCUCUGAUACCCUCCUGGCUGAUGUUAUGGGUAUUAGGAACAGAGCUUUAAUAGCGUAUAAAUUCCUAAGUCUUCCAAAAGAUCAAAUGGGUCUCUUGUUAAGGCAUCUAAAACCAAAGGAAGGUCCCAUGGAGGGGCACAUUGUUUAGUUGGGGGUAUUAUUCUCAUGAGUGCUCUAAAUAAUCUUAUAAUCAGUGGAUUCAGGGCCCACCUGGUAUUUGUCAGAGCCGAAAUGGCAGAAACUUGUACUUUUAAAGUACUAAGGCUUAGUCCUUUAUACAGACCUUCUUGAAGGAAACUCAGGAUAUUGGUGACUGUUGGCUCUUCUCAGUUGAUUUCCUUUUCCAACAGCCAGGAUCUGAACUUUUCCCAUACUUUAUGAUAGGAGUUUGAGUUAGAACUCUUUUCUUGAUUUUAGCAACGUGUAAGAUAAGGAUUUGGACAGACCUGACUUUAAAAGGUUUAUUUUUUCAAGCACCAUGCCGCUAACUGAAGGAAUUGGGGAUCUGGAUGGACUGCUGGACCUUGGAUUAGCAGAUGCCAUCUCUGGGGUAGCAUUAUUAGGGCUCCUUGGCUCAUGCAUAACAGAAGAGGGUACCAUGGUCUCCUUGGCCAUGCUGGUAAGAUUGCAAUCACUGUGCAAUUCUCCUUCCAGAUAUUUCUCAGUACUUUGUUGAUUAAUGGAGUUGGUGGGAAGAAGGACGCCAACUCAAAUUCCCACUACUGAGACAGGGUACUUCCAAAUAGGAUUUUUUUAAGGAAAAUUCAUUCUUCAAAUUUGACUCCUUAAGCUGCCAUUAUAAUUGCAGGUCUUACCAUCCAACGUGCCAUUCUGACCAAGCCUAUUGACGUGAGAGAUCCUAAUGCACUCAUGUAUAGUAGUGCUUGAACUCUUGUUCUUAGAAGAAGCUCUGAGAUCUUUAUAUUUCUACGAGCAAUGAGGUCUUGAGAUAAGAAUAUUGUGGAUAUCUCGGUAUUUUUUCUUGCUCCUCAAAACACUAUGUUCCUGGAAGGAUUUAGGUUGCUCUUGUCUUUGUUUAUCAUCUAACCAUAAAACUCUGUAGGGCACAGAUGACUUCUUCUGUCUGUUGAAGUACUGUAUGGUAGUUCUGUGCCAGAACUAGGAUAUCGUCCAAGUUGUGGAAGAUUUAAAUCCCUUUCUUCCUCAGAACUGCAAUGACUGUAAUAAGUAUUUUCAUAGAAACAUAGAAUGUGACAGCAGAUAAGAACCAUUCGGCCCAUCUAGUCUGCCCAAUUUUCGAAAUACUUUCAUUAGUCCCUGGCCUUAUUUUAUAGUUAGGAUAGCCUUAUGCCUAUCCCACGCAUACUUAAACUCCUUUACUGUGUUAACCCCUACCACUUCAGCUGGAAGGCGAUUCCAUGCAUCCACUACUCUCUAAGUAAAAUAAUACUUCCUGAUAUUAUUUUGAAACCUUUGCCCCUCUAAUUUAAGACUCUGUCCUCUUGUUGUGAUAGUUUUUCGUCUUUUAAAUAUAGUCUCCUCCUUUACUGUGUUGAUUCCUUUUAUGUAUUUAAAUGUAACAUAUAACCCCUGUCUCGUCUUUCCUCCAAGCUAUACAUUUUAAGUUCCUUUAACCUUUCCUUGUAAGUUUUAUCCUGCAAUCCAUGAACCAGUUUAGUAGCCCUUCUCUGAACUCUCUCUAAAUUAUCAAUAUCCUUCUGGAGAUACGGUCUCCAGUACUGCGUACAAUACUCCAAGUGAGGUCUCACCAGUGUUCUCUACAAUGGCAUGAGCACUUCCAUUUUUCUACUGCUAAUACCUCUCCCUAUACAACCAAGCAUUCUGCUAGCAUUUCCUGCUGCUCUAUAACAUUGUCUGCCUGCCUUGAAGUCCUACCGAGAAUGUCCUGGGUGCCAAACUUAGCCCAAAUGGCAUGCUUUGGAGUUGGUUGUGCUUCCCCAAUACCCAAGACCUCCAGAAUAUUUGAUGGGAUUGGUGUAUUGGGAUCUGAUAGUAGGCAUCUCCCCUUGAUGAAUGAAGAUGUUGAUUCUUUUCAAAUCCAGGAUAAGUCUCCACUUUCCCUGAGGCUUAGGAGCCAGACAUAUAUGCUAGUAGAAUCCUUUGUAUCUCUCUUGUUGAGGAACUUCUAUGAUGACUCCUUGUGCAAUUAGUUGUUGUAUACACUUCUGCAUUGCCUUCUGUUUUAUUCCAGGAGAUACUCUAAUUCUUCAAACUCGAACUUCCUUGAUGAUAUUUAAGACCCUAUUUGGACAUUUCCACUUAAUGGCUGUGUGUUGAGUUAUUUUGAGGGGACAGCAGAUUUACACUGUUUUACAGGCUGUACACCUACUACUUUACAUUGUAGCAGAGUGUAAUUUCUUCAGUGUUGUCACAUGAAAAGAUAUAAUAAAAUAUAUUUACAAAAAAUGUGAGGGGUGUACUCACUUUUGUGAGAUACUGUGUGUGUGUGUGUGUGUGUGUGUGUAUGUAUGUAUGUAUGUAUGUGUGUAUGUAUGUAUAUAUAUAUAUAUAUAUAUAUAUAUAUAUAUAUAUAUAUAUAUAUAUAUAUAUAUAUAUAUAUAUAUAUAUAUAUAUAUAUAUAUAUAAAAUGCAAAAAUCCCCUGCACUCACGCUUUAACCACUUCACUGCCGGGCGCAUGUACCAGGGCUCCACAUAACACAAUUCCAAAAUAGAAAUGGCUGCUCUCCGGUCUUUAAAAAUAAAAAUUUUAUUGAAUAAAGUUUAAAAUAACGACCAACGUUUCAGUCCCCGUUCGGGACUUUCCUCCGGUGUCAAAAAGGUUGUCUCGUUAUUUUUUGACCCUGAAGAAAGGUUUAUUUUUUCAAGCACCAUGCCGAAAGACUGGAGAGCAGCCAUUUCUAUUUUGGAAUUAUAUAUAUAUGGCUGAGCCUGUUGAAGAAUCCUGGAAUUGUGGGAGGGGUUCGUUGGCCUAUAAAUAUACAGGCCGCCCCUUCCUCUAUGCUGCUAAUGCCUGGUCCAGCCCACCCAAUGCUCCCUUUAUCAAACGAUUCAAUUUGCUUGACCCUCUUAUUUACAUCCUUACUCGAACAUUGGUUUCCCACACAUCACAACCAACUUAUGCUGCCACUACUGUAAUUUGGCUUAUUGUCACGACCACAAAUAUAUAUUCUCAUUUAUGUUAUCUCAUUUAAAAAAUGUAAGUUGCUUGAAAGUUGCUGGAUAAUGUUUGCCCAGUCCAAGAUGGUUGAUUCCUCCUAACCUUCUAUCCAGCAGAGUCCAGAUAAACACUUUGAGUAAGACACGAAGCUAGAAACCAUGCUAGAACUUUCUAUCUACCAUACUUUCCAACUUUGAAUAUGAAUCAUGCCUUCCUAGGUGGGUACUGCCAGUGACUCAACUUGCUUCAAGCUCACAGACCACUUCCCUGCCAUCCCUUUACACGGAGGACUAUGCAUAGCACGCUGCUGAAGUGCUCCCUGCAUGGUCCUAGUGCCAAAAGCACAAGCAUGCCUAAUAAUCCACUUGUCAGAGGACAGUUCUGUGAGGUCCCCAGAUGUGGCACACAAGGGAAGAAAAUGUGAAUAAUAAAACAGGAUUCCAAAAUCAGAAUGUCCUACCUAAAGUGGUACAUUAGGAAGUUGUCAUCUAUUGCACUGUGAAAUAGAGGAACCAACAUUGGUAUAGGCAAAAUAAUGAGGUUACAAAUUUUGGUCUGGUGACUGGGUAGGCCACUUCAGGACCUUAAUGUGCUUCUUCUUGAACCACUCCUUUGCAGCCCUGGCUGUGUGUUUUGGGUCAUUGCCAUGCUGGAAUACCCAUCCACAACCCAUUUUCAAUGCCCUGGCAGGGGGAAGGAGGUUCUCACCCAAGAUUUGAUGGUACAUGGCCCCGUCCAUCAUCCCUUCUGAUGCGGUGCAGUUGUCCUGUCCCCUUAGGAGAAAACACCCCCCAGAGCAUAAUGUUUCUACCUCCCUUUUUGAAGGUGGGGAUAGUUUUCUUGGGGUCAUAGACAGCAUUCCUCCUCCUCCAAACAGAGCAAGUUGAGUUGUUGCCAAAGAGCUCGAUUUUGGUCUCAUCAACACUUUCACCUAGUUCUCCUCUGAAUCAUUCAGAUGUUCAUUGGCAAACUUCAGAUGGGCCUGCUUUUUUGAGCAGGGGGACCUUGCAGGUGCUGCAGGAUUUCAGUCCUUCACAGCGUAGUAUGUUCCCAAUUGUUUUCUUGGUGACUAUAGUCCCAGCUACCUUGAGAUCAUUAAUAAGAUCCUCCCAUGCAGUUCUGGGCUGAUUCCUCACCGUUCUCAUGAUCAUUGAAACUCACCAAGGUGAGAUCUUGCAUGGAGCACCAGACCGAGGGAGACUAACAGUUAUUUUGUGUUUCUUCCAUUUGCGAAUAAUCACACCAACUGUUGUCACCUUCUCACCAAGCUGCUUGGCGAUGGUCUUGGAGCCCAUUCCAGCCUUGUGUAGGUCUACAAUCUUGUCCCUGACUUCGUUGGUCAGCUCUUGGCCCUGGCCAUGGUGGAGAGUUUGGAAUCUGAUUGCUUGAUUGCUUCUGUGGACAGGUGUCUUUUAUACAGGCAACAAGCUGAGAUUAGGAGCACUCCCUUUAAGAGAGUGCUCUUAAUCUCAGCUCGUUACCUAUAUAAAAGACACCUGGAAGUCAGCACUGGGAGUGCUGAUUGAUGGAAGAUCAAAUACUUAUUUUUACUCAUUGACAUGCAAAACUUUUUUGACAUGCGUUUUUAUGGAUUUUUUUUUUCUGUUAUUCUGUCUCUCACUGUUAAAAUACACUUACCAUUAAAAUUAUAGACUGAUCAUUUCUUUGUCAGUGGACAAACAUUUAAAAUCAGCAGGGGAUCAAAUACUUUUUUCUCUCACUGUACUCCUUCGAGGAUGAGGCACAUGAUAAAAGAAUAAUUAACUGUGCCAUUCAUCUGAUAUAUAUUUGUUUAAUGUACUGACUUAUUGCAUUGAUGUGCUGAAUGAUGCCAUGAUGCAUCAUAUCCAAAUAAUAAAUGUUGGCAUGUAUGAAUUUUGUCAGCAGUCUAAAACAUGUAAUGAAUGGUAAUAGUUAUUAAUUUUCCUGUUAUUUCUGUUGUUUUUCAAGAGUAACUUGGGAUUUUUUCUUUAUCUAGCAAGAGGAAAUACUUCGGCUUGUGGAGAGUUUAACUUCCUAGCAGAUCCUGAAGGGGCGUACAUUGUUUGCAAUGAAUUCUUGUGUAAAACCUAUAUUGCUACCUGGGAGUUUGCAUGUCGUCACAAGCUGUCAUGGGUUUGUAUCUCAUUCAUAUAUUUAUAGAAAUUUGUUGAUGUCAGCAUUCAUAAUUUCUCUGCAUGCUCUCUGAAUUAUAGCAUUAUUAUGCAUAGGCUACAUAAAGUUCUGAUUAGUUUUUAAAUUAUUUAUUUAAAAGUGGUUGUCAAUCAGAUAGACACAUAUAUAACAAAAUUGCCAGUAAUGUAUGCAACAAGAGAUAACAUAACAAAGUUACAAUUCAGAAACCUAAUCAAGAGUGCAUUAGGUUAACUAUAAAGUCAGUAGGGGUAACUAAUUAAUGUAUAGCACGUACAUAAAGUCAAGGGUGUAAAAGGUAUCAAAAACCACCUCCUCUACUGGUAGAACAUUAAUCCUAUACUUAAAGGACCACUAUAGUGCCAGGAAAAAAAACACGUUUUCCUGGCACUAUAGUGUUAAUAGGUCCCCCCACCCUCAUGGCCCCCCUCCCGCCGGGCUGAAGGGGAAGGAAGGCGUUAAACACUUACCUUUCUCCAGCGCUGGUGACUCUCCUCCUCCUUCCGACGUCAUCGGCUGUAAGCGCAUGCGCGGCAAGAGCCGCGCGCGCAUUCAGUCAGUAAAUACAAAUAAAUCUAUAUACACCUAUAAUAUCAGCAUUUGAUCCUCCAUCAAUAAGCAUUAGAUACAUGUAUCUUGCAAAUGUAUAUAAUACAAAAUUGAUCAAAUAAUUAAUUGCCCAAACACACAUAAAUAAAGGGAAAAAAAGGAUUUAAUUGCUGUACAAUAUAUUUACCCAACAAGUGGACAGAGCUUGUUGUGGUGGGACACGAGAAGAUUGAAGAAGUUUAUGAAGCAUGACUUUAUAAAGUAGAUCCCAACCCUGUCCUCAAAACACACCAACUAUCUAAGCUUUACCAUCAUCCAUCUUGCAAUAGCAAUGGCAGUUCCCUAAAUCCUAGACUUUUGGUCCAUCUGAGAAUUGGUUUAGGAACACUGUUCUAGACAUAUUCCCUAAUUUGAGCAACAGUAACCUGGUGCAAUUUGAAAUAAUUAUAAUGAGAAACUAGGUAAGUGUACUGCAUGUUGUGGAAGGAAGACUUGGACAUAUACUUUCACAGAAAUGAUUAUUUAAAGGGACACUGUGUCCCUACUUAGUGCUGCAAUGUAAAAUGUUGCAGUUCCAGAGAACUGCAAUGUUUACAUUGCAACUCUAAGCUUGACCUCAGUGGCUGUUUCCCAAACAGCCACUAGCGGGCUUCUUGAAUCGAAACUGACCUUUGGUCCGUUAUUUAAUGCUGGACGUCCUCAAGCUCUGUAUGAGGACUUCCAGUGUCAGAUUUUUCCCCAUAGGAAAACACUGAAUGAUGCUUUCCUAUAGGGAAAUCCUAAUGCGAGCAGGUGGCCUAUUCAUAUGGCUUUUACUUCUUAAUAACAAUGUAAUUGCCAAGAAAUAGCGAUCACUUUUGCCAACUAUUGUUGUUUCUUAUUCAUAACAUCUAUGCAUCAAUGAAGAUCAAUGCAACCAUUUAGAAUUAAACAGUUUAUGCACAGUCAUGUUGUUACAUGAAGAUUUUGACAGACUGUCUGCUCCUGAUUACCUUAGCUAACACUAAAUAUACAUUAUUCAUACACUUGUUUUUUUGUUUUGUUUUUUUAAGAUCCUAUUUUUAUUUUGAAAUGAUUUACAGUUACUGAGCGAUACUAGCAAGAUUUGUAAGAAUAAUAUUUUUUUCAACUAUGUAGUUUUAAUUUUCAGUAAAAUGAUUAAAAAGGUAAAAUAAUGGUUAUGGCAUAUACUUGAAAUAGAGGUAAGGCUCAUCUGGCUUUUCUAAACUCAUGGAAAGUAAAAAUGUAGGUCUAGCACACCUCUAUUUAUAGUUGCAUCAGAUUUAUAGAUGACAAAGUGACAACAUUCCAAACUCCCAUGUGUCUUUCUCUGUCCUAACACUAUAGCACUGGAGUACCUGUUUAGGUUCCCAGCCCCCCUCAGAUUGGAAGUAAAAGGUGUUUUAACUUAACUCUUCUCCAUUGUGCUUCACCCCGCCUCCAUGGCUGAAAUCAUCAAUCUUCCCAUAGGAAAACAUUGGGAUGCUAUUGAUAAAAACGCCAAUCAGCAUCUCCUCAUGUGGGCUCUAUGGGAGCGUUAAGCGUCUCCAUGCAGAGCGUGGAGACACUGAACGUAGGUGCUGCACAUUCUACCUGCUUGUACAAAUGUAACUGCUUUGAAACCCAUAACAAACUCUUUCCUUAGUACCAAAUGUAACCACUCAAAGCCUAAACAUGAAACAAAACCGUUUACCUUACUCUAUGAAGCAUUUACAUUGCUGAGGUUGCAGGGACAUGUUAUAGACAACACUACAUUAAGCUGUAGUGGUUCUGGUAAUAACAGUGUCCAUUUAAUUUUACAUCGUUCUCUUCCCAUCUAUCAUUUAACUUUAGAUAUGGUCAUCCAUGAUAAUCGACACAUUUGUAAAAGUUAAAUGACUCCAUUUUCUUUUUUCUCACACAGGAGUGGUAUGAUAAUUGGGUCAACAAAGGAACAAAGAAGGCUGACUUUAUAAAAAAAAUCUAUGCCCACAGUUUGCAGUACUCUAGAAGUGAGAAGGAAGUGAAGGGGAUGGUGUCUGGCCCUGGAUUUGUGUCCUGUGAUUCCUAUGCAAUGGCUGCUGCUAUAAAUGAAUCCAUUGUCACAGAUGUAAUUGAAUGCCCAGUUACUGUGGAAACAAGUGGAAGAUUCACGCGAGGGAUGAUGGUCCUUGAUAUGAUUGAAGUACUUGGGAAGAAAAAUAAGGCCUUAGUUAUGAAUAAAGUUGACAUGGAAAAAUUCAAGGUUCUCAUGGAGGCUUCAGUUGCAUAGACUAUCACGUUCAGCCACUUAAAAUUGUUUUGCUAUUAAAAGAAAAAAAAAAAAGAUUGUUUAAGAGAUAUAUAGUUCAGCUUUGAAACCAAAUAUAAUUUUCUGUUGACUAUGCAUAUAGAUAAAAAAGAAAUGCAGAAUAAUGCAAUAAUGUACUCUGAGAAAAUAUUUACAAUAAAUAUGAAAAUAUAAUAAAAUCUUAAAUAUUCUGGUA